AUGGCACGCCAGCUGCAUCCUUGGUUCAGUGGAAUUUACAGGCUGAAUGACCUAUCUCAAGGUGGAUAUGUUGCUAACAGUCUAGCAAUUAUGACAGAUGCACUUCAUAUGUUAACUGACCUUAGUGGUAUUAUUUUGACCCUGCUUGCUCUCUGGCUGUCUGCAAAAUCUCCCACAAAGAGGUUCACUUUUGGAUUUCAUCGCUUAGAAGUAUUGUCAGCCAUCAUUAGUGUACUGCUGGUCUAUAUCCUUAUGGCAUUCCUCUUGUAUGAAGCCGUUCAAAGAACUAUCCAUAUGGACUAUGAAAUAAAUGGCGAUAUCAUGCUGAUUACAGCAGCCGUUGGUGUUGCAGUUAACUUAAUAAUGGGGUUUUUGCUGAAUCAAUCUGGCCACCUUCACUCCCACUCCCAUUCCCACCCUCACUCUCAUGUACCUCAGUCGAACUCUCCUAACACAGCCCGCAGCAGUAGCCAUGGACACAGCAGCCUUGCUGUGAGAGCAGCGUUUGUACAUGCCCUUGGGGACCUGGUGCAAAGUAUUGGUGUGCUCGUAGCUGCAUACAUCAUACGCUUUAAGCCAGAAUACAAGAUUGCUGAUCCUAUAUGUACAUACGUAUUCUCCAUACUGGUGAUUUUGACAACAGUUCGAAUUCUGUGUGACACAGGAGUUAUUAUUCUGGAAGGAGUUCCAAGGCAUUUAAAUGUGGAUCGCAUUAAGGAAGACUUGAUGAAAAUUGAAGAUGUUUAUUCUAUAGAAGAUUUAAAUGUUUGGUCUCUCACUGCAGGAAAAACAACUGCCAUAGUCCACUUGCAACUAGUUCCUGGUAGUUCAUCUAAAUGGGAGGAAGUUCAGUCCAAGGCCCGACAACUGCUGCUGAACACAUUUGGAAUAUACAAGUGCUCUGUCCAGCUUCAGAGUUAUAAACAGGAAACAAGCAAAACCUGCGCAAGUUGUCAGAGUUCCAGUGCCUAAUUUCAUAUGUUUUGGGAACUGCUGCCUUAUUCUUUAUCUUAUAGUCAAAGACUGAGAGCAAUAAAUGCAAAAUGAAAAUGAUCAAAUAGAAAACAUUAAUAUGUGGAUUUGUACCAUGUAACAUGCAGCAGGGAGAACUGGUGCUGCAAAAAGUGCAGUGGUUGCCCUACAGAAC